AUGGCCAAGCAAGCAUGGACCAAUCCACAACAAUUCGGCAAAUUAUUUGGGGAUUCUCUCGUUUCUGGCAAGCUCACUUUGAAUGCUUGGAAGCCUCUCAUUAACAAGAUCUCCCAAAGGAUGCAAAUCAAGAUGCAGGAAAAGCCAAUGAACUCAGUAAUUCGAUCACAAACAACUCAUUUUUUCUUCCUCCUCAUUGCCAGUGUUCUCUACAUGUUCACUUUGGCCAACUCCCAAGAGCUUCUAAUCGGCUUCAAAGCCAAUCCAAGUUCAUCAGUCUCAUCUUUUCAACCUCUCUUGAACGACUCAACGGGCACUUUUUCUAUGGGUUUCCUCCGAGUCAAUCAAACCCAACUCGCCCUUACAGUCAUUCAUCUCCCUUCUUUGCAACCGCUCUGGCAGGCUGACCCAACAAGCUUGUUUCGUUGGUCAGACAAGACCCAGGUUUUCUUCAAUGGCAGUCUUGUAAUAUCCGAUCCACACACGGGGUCAUUUUGGUCCACAGGAACGUCCCAACAAGGUGGCGACAGAGUUGCUCUCCUCAACUCCUCCGACCUACAAAUACUACAAAAAGAACAAGUUCUGUGGCAAAGUUUUAAUUUUCCCACCAAUACCCUCGUCGAGAACCAGAAUUUCACUUCUAACAUGUCUCUCGUUUCGGCCAAUGGGGUCUACUCUAUGCGCUUAGGAGAUGAUUUCAUGGGGUUAUACGCAAAGUUCAAAGACGGGGAAAAGCAGAAAAUAUAUUGGAAACACAAAGCGCUAGAAGCUAAAGCACAUGUUGUUCAAGGACAAGGUCCGAUCCAUGCUCGACUCGAAUCCGAUGGGUAUUUGGGCAUGUACCAAAUGGAGAAACCUCCAGUAGAUAUCCAACCUUUCAACAGUUAUCAUCGUCCUAUUGACAGAUUCCUGAUAGUCCGGCUAGAACUGGACGGAAAUCUCAAAGGUUAUUACUGGGCUCAAGCUCAAGCUCAAACCGACUGGGUCUUGGACUACCAGGCUGUUACUGAAACCUGCGAGUUGCCUAGUCCCUGCGGUUCGUACGGUUUGUGCAGACCCGGGUCGGGUUGCUCUUGUUUGGAUAACCGGACCCAGGUGAACACUGGAUCAUUUCAGUGCAUUGAUGGCGGUGAUCAGUCCGGUGAUUUUUGCAGUAGAAAUGAUGAUUUCUGGAUUUUGAGAAGGAAAGGGGUGGAGUUACCGUUUAAGGAAUUGAUGAGUUCAGACACGACAUCAUCGUCCUUGGAGGAAUGCGAGCUGUCUUGUCAGAAUAACUGUAGCUGUUGGGGUUCUGUUUACAACAACGCAACCGGGUUUUGUUACUUUGUGGAUUACCCGAUCCAAACGUUGGUGGGUGUGGGCGAUGAGAGUAAAGUCGGGUUUUUUAAGGUGAGAACGAAACGUGAAGGGCAUAAGAAAAUGAAAGUGGGUAUUCGGGUUCUCGGAACGGUUAUUUUGGUUCUAGUUGGAGUUCUUCUAGGGUAUGGAGUUUACAGGAUUUGGAACAGAAGAAGAAGAGGGACUAAACGGAUCUUGGAGGAAACAACUGAGGUGUCACCCGGCCCGUAUAAAGAUCUCGGCAAAGACGGAAGGGUAGGUAGGAGGCACCACGAGCCCGCAUUCCCACACAUCUAUCCAGAAGCAAGGAAUAGUUAUUCAAUUUCAUGGGCCAUGGAGCAUGAGCUUUGUCAAAACAUAUUCGCUGCCCUUGCUCGACCUGGAAGAGCACUGUCCUGGGCCGGCAGGCUCUCAUCUUGCAACUGA